AUGCCGGUUUGCGCGGGCACCUUCAAGUUAGAAGAAGCAACCAUCGACCAGAUGCAGAAGGCCAUGACGGAUGGCAUCUUGACUUCUCAGCAAUUGGUCAUGUGUUACAUGCAGCGGACUUUCCAGACCCAGGAGUACAUCAGUUCCGUCAUGCAAUUGAAUCCGGACGUCAUGACAAUCGCGGCCGAGAGGGACAAACAACGAAAGGCAGGCCAAGUUCUCGGUCCGCUCCAUGGAAUCCCCUUUACUGUCAAAGACAACAUCGCGACGAAGGACAGUAUGGAAACAACUGCCGGGAGUUAUGCGCUGCUUGGAAGUAUUGUCCCCCGCGACGCCUUCGUUGUUGCUCGUUUAAGGGCUGCAGGAGCUGUGCUAUUUGGAAAAUCCACGAUGAGCGAGUGGGCCGAUAUGCGAAGUACCGGAUACUCAGAGGGCUACUCCCCAAGGGGCGGGCAGCCACGAAGUCCUUACAAUCUGGUAUUUAAUCCCAUGGGAAGUAGCUCUGGGAGUGCAGUAGGAGUAGCUGCCAAUGCGAUCGCCUUUUCUCUCGGUACAGAAACGGACGGCAGUGUCAUUAGCCCUGCUCAUAAGAAUGGCGUAGUAGGCAUCAAGCCGACUGUCGGACUGACUUCACGAGACGGAGUCAUACCAGAGUGCGAACACCAAGACACGGUUGGAACUUUCGGCCGAACUGUCCGAGACGCCGUCUACGCCCUGGAUGCUAUCUACGGUAUCGAUCCAAGAGACAAUUACACCGAUGCCCAACGCGGAAAGACGCCACCAUCAGGAGGAUACUCGAAGUUCCUCACCAACAAGACUAGUCUGUACAAGGCAACAUUCGGUAUUCCAUGGUACAGCUUUUGGAACAUCUCAAAUGCAGAAACCAAGGCGCAGCUUGACGGCCUGAUAACUCUGAUCCAAGAAAAUGGCGGCACCGUCGUUAACUUCACUGAGAUUACCGAUCACGAGAAUGUCGUGAACAAAACAGGCUGGGAUUGGAAUUGGCAAGGCAAGAUAGGUCACCCUGAAAAGUCAGAAUAUACCGUCAUUUUGGUCGACUUCUACAACAACAUCAAGAAAUACCUCUCUGGACUCCAAAACACGAAAAUUCGAUCACUCGAAGACAUUAUCAAGUUCAAUUAUGACAAUGACGGAAUCGAAGGGGGCUAUCCCUUCAACGGAAACUACACAAUGCCUGGACGCUAUAGGGUUUACCAUGGCCUUCCAGCUUUUCGUACCGGUCAAGAUGGCUUUCUAAUGUCUAACGAGACUCAAGGAAUCCAGAAUGACACUUACUGGAAGGCUCUUGACUACAUGCAGACCACUGCACGUGUCGGAAUCGACGGUGCACUAAGUUACAAUGGAACCCGGCUUUCAGGCUUGCUUGUGCCUGUAUCAGUAGCCCAGACUUACCAGGUCGCGGCGCAGGCUGGGUAUCCCAUGAUCACGAUUCCUGCAGGAAUAUAUACCGAUACUGGCAUGCCCUUUGGGCUUGGAAUCAUGCAGACUGCGUUUGCUGAAGGAGAACUUGUGCGAUGGGCCAGUGCCAUUGAGGAUCUACAACUGCAGUCUGGUACAUCGUUCAAAAGAACGCGGCCGAAGUGGUUGAGACACCUGGAAAGGCCUAUCCCCAUCGACCGGGAGCCAAAGGGUAACUGA